AUGUUGAAGCUACGCAGGUUAGCUUAUCUCAAACCUGAGCUAGUACGGGUCAUACUGGAAAAGGUGCAGUCUAAUACCCAAAACAAGCGGACUAGCAAUGGCAUUGUGGGCGUUGUAGCCUUUCUUUUCGCUGAAGCCGGUUGGAAAGUCUAUGAUGCCAGCAACCUUACGAUCUCACUCGCAGACCAGCGCGUCAUUUCUUUCAAAGAUGGGUCUAAAGAGGCCUUCUUGGAAGAAAUGGCGCGGGACAUCAGGACAUACUUGGUCAACCAGUCUCCUUGCAGGUAUGGCAACCCGACACCAGGCCAAUAUGGAACACCAGAUGUUUUCUUGACACGCUUUUUACUCGAUACAACGUUCGCCGCAAACGACGAUUUCCGUUUCCUUCGUGGGCAUAUCGAAGCACUUCCUCGCAACAUCCAGUACACACGUGGAAUCCUGUCAGCACUCUUGUCCGGAUCUAUUUACAAUGGAUUCCGCUUUGCUGCUGCAGGUUUAAAGCACAACAACUCAUGCCCACAUUGUGGUCAGGAGGAGUCACACCGCCAUAUGUUUUGCGAUUGCGAAGCAGUGCAAGAGCAUCGCCCUCCCCAAGGUGAUGAACCGCUAUUAUCUUGGGUCACGGGGAUUUUCUUCGAGCCUCCGGAGUUCCGUCAACAUCUUUGGUCGACGCGCGAAACCUGGAAGCUACCUCCGGUUGAAGAGCGCUGGCGCCCACAUUCUGAGGUGUUUGUGGACGGUAGCGUCUUCAAUCAGCGGUGGGUUCCUAUACGUGCAGGUGCUUCCGCCGUUACCGUUCCAGGACUCUUCAAACACUCGGUAGCUGUGCAGGGAGCGUCUGUGAAUUCCUUUCGCUGUGAGCUUUUCGCUUUGAUCUUGGCAAUACACUUGACAGCGGGUGAUGUUGUUAUUGCAACUGACUGCGCUAGUGUUCUCCGUCGUGCAAAGUUUCUACAAAGUCAUAACUUCUUGUGGGACUGUACUUUUCAGUUCGAAAACCCUGACCUGUGGGAGAUGUUUUUAGAUGUAGCUAGGAAACACGACGGGAAGAUUCAGUUUGUCAAAGUCAAAGCUCAUACCAACGGACACACUGGUCAGUGCCCAGUGCUCACAGCCGGGAAUGAAGAGGUUGAUGCUCUGGCCAAGGCAACGGCCAAAGCUUUAUCCUCCAAACUCGUAGUCAAAUUUCAGCCUUAUCUCGAGAGGGCGGUUGCCGUCCAGGUGCAGAAGCUGAACGAGGCGGAUCCACACUUCAUCCGAUGCGUCAAACCAAACGCGGAGAAGGUGCCGGACAAGUUCACGUCCAAGCUCGUCAUGGAACAGUUGACUUGCAGCGGCGUGUUUGAGGCUGUCCGCAUUCGUCAGUCGGGUUUCGCAGCGCGCGUGCCCUUUGCGGAUUUCCUUGGCCGGUACCGGAUCGUCGUGCCGAAGGCCAAGCACAAGGCCAUCUUCUCGGCAGCGUCGGAGCCAGACAAGGCAAAAGCCUUCAUCGAGGCCUUGCCCGAAGCGCUGGAACCGCUUGGCGGUGUGCCCAUCGGCGACUUGGUCCUUGGGAAGACCAAGAUUUUCGCGAAGCAAGCGGUUAUGGUCCGGCUGGACAAAGCAAGGGACAUGGCCGUCUCCACGUAUGCCAUCGACAUCCAGCGUGUCUGGCGUGGGCACAGGGCGCGAAAGAAGCUCGCAACGUGCAAGGUGGUUUUCGAUGAGUUGAAAGCCUGGUGCGCGAGAAACGACUUCUACACCAAGCCGGGCAGUACGGCGGUCCAGAAGCUGAAAGACUCUUCCGCCAUCCUCAAAGAGGCUGCGAAAGUCGAUGAGAUCUUCAAGAAGGCGGUUGGCCUGCCACUCCCACUGCCUCGGCGGAAGGAGGUGGAAAAGGUGAAGCAGCGCAUGGAGAAUGAAGCCAAGGAGAUUGAUCUUCUCAAGGGCCUCGCAAAGAGCAUCGACCCCAUCGAGAUUGAAUCGGCUGUGGUUCGGGCAAAGGAUCUCGAGCUACAGAGCCUCCCAGAGGUCAGCACCCUCCAGGCGCGCUUCAACAAGUUGAGCAAGCAGCUGCCGUUGGUCAAGGCCAUUACGACUGCGCUGGAGGAGGAGGCAACAGAAAUGGACCUGCAGAAGCUGCAAGAUGUCAUGGACGCGGUGCUGCAGACACCCCGCUACAGGAUGGCCGAUUUGUUUUUCGGGCAGGUCAUCGACGAGGGGGACAGGCGCACAAAGUACAGCGGCUCCGAUCUGAUCCUGCCGAGGAUGCGGCAGAUGGCGCUAAGCUCGCAUGUGUGUGUCUAUGAUGUCUUCCAGCGGCCACCGCCAUUGGUGAGGAGCCGCUCCAGCUUGAAGAGCUUGGAGGUCACCUUCCUGAACAUGCCCGAGAGGGUCGCAGGCCACAAGACGCCCGCAAAGUGCACGGACAAGGACGAGUGGCAGGUCGACCGGAUAGGCCGGCCUAUUGCCACGCCAACAUCGAUGAUGCUCAAGCGUGCCAUUGCCGUUGGCCACCCGCAUGGCGGCCUAUUGGAUCCGGCCACAGCUCUGCCGCCGAGGCCUUGCGAGAAGGCAGUGCCAAAGAUAAUGCACUUCCUCUGGUUCUGCAGUCCAGUUCCUCAGCGAAUCGUUCAGCGGAUGAUGAAGUUCGCCCUGAUGAAUCCCACGUGGAAGGUCAUGAUCCUCGUGGACAACCCGCCUCAGCAGACGGAGAUCGACCUGAUGAACUCGCCGGAGGUAAGCAGCCGACCUGGCGGUGCAAUCAUUGUGCACUACUUAGCCUCCUACGCCGACGAUUUCCGGAACAUGGACAUUCUGCGAUGGAUUCGCAACCUCAGCUUGGACCCGAAGCACUUACAUGUUUGCGCAGGUAUGUCGGAUGUGGCCCGAUUGGAAGUGAUGUUCAAGUAUGGAGGAAUAUACAUGGACACCGACUUCCUCCCGGACCGGCCGUUUGCCGACUACGGCGACCUUUUCCGCUGGCCCUUUGUGACACACAAGGUCUGCGGCAUCAACAUCAUCAACUCAAUUCUGUCAUUCGAUAAGAAGUCGGCAUUUCUCGACUUUGCUUUGAAUGCCUACCGUGAGAACUGCAAGACCUUCAGAAACUGCAUGCCUGAGGGAGGCGCCGGUCCGCCUUUUAUGGCCAUGGCCAUCCUCCGAUGGAAUAGCUCAGAGAUCGCUUUGAUCGGGCAGCAGUUCUUCCACGACUCCAGGAGCCAGAUCGUCUCGCACCUGACUGAGAAUUCCUGGGGCCAGCGCUGA